CACAAUAACAUACGCUUUGUCUCUCUUACUGGCACAUCAGCGCCUGAGUCGUCCAGGGCUUCUUCUGUACCACCAUGAAACAUGGCGUAGCGUUUCGGAAGUUUUCGCGGACGUCGUCCCACAGAAUGCUCAUGCUUCGGAAUUUGGUCACGUCCCUGCUGGAGCAUGAGCAAAUAAAGACCACUCUUCCGAAGGCGAGGGAUACUGCGAGGCUGGCUGAGAAGAUAAUCACCUUGGGCAAGCGCGGAACAAUCCCUGCUUACCGUAAGGCUUCGGGGUUCGUCCUCAACCAGUCUCUCCUGCCAAAGCUGUUCGGGACUCUGUCUCAGCGAUACGCCGAGCGGCCAGGUGGUUACACUCGCAUCCAUAAAUAUGGCAACAGGCCAGGCGACAAUGCUCCAGUCGCAAUUCUAGAGUUGGUCGACAAUCCUCGAGACUUGCGUUUUGAGAUGGCCGCGCGUUCGGUUGGAUACGACUUACUAUCCAAGAAGGUCCGGACAGAGUCUCAUUCGCGACUGCUCGAGACUGGUGUGCCUAGCAUCUCAGAGACGUUAGAGAAGGAGAUUUCCCUAGGUAUCAAGGAUCGUGGGGAGUUACGGACAUUAACUCGGCUGAGUGUCCAGAAGGCUCUGAAGUACAGAGGUGAGGGUGACCGAGAGGAGUUUGUCCGCAAGGCAGAUGAUUAUGUCCAAACACUCAUGGCCGAUCCGAAAUCACUCAAAGGAGAGGUAGAGGUACCUGCUGCCGAUGGGAAGAGAGUCGCGACCUUCGGACGUCUAGACAAGGUAGGCAAGGCGUUACCAGGCAUGGUGCGCGGCGCUCUACGAUUAGCCAAAGGAGCCUUGGCGCAGCCGAAGUGGAACGACCAGCCAUGGAGAAAACGUCAAAAAUUGGGUAUUGAUCGUAGUCUACUUGACUUGCGUGCUAGCUCGUCAAAUCCUGUAGCGCGCUCAGAUGCUUGAGCACCUCUUAAUACCAUUCAGUCCCU